AUGGCUGGCAGGUAUUGGCUUAACGGAUUUUUAAGGCGAAAACCUAUAAUAAGACAAAGAAAAGCACAAGGUAUGAACCCAGCUCGUGCCCAACAACUGAAUAGAUUGGAACUGGUAAAUGACCAUUUCACAAAAUUGAAAGAAAUACUUUUAGAAAUGGAUUUCAUAGAUUGCCCAGAGAGAAUUUUUAACGUUGAUGAAAAAGGUUGCAAGCUAAGGUUACACCAUCAGCAAAGUGUUCUAGCAAAAAAAGGGGCGAAACGUGUACACCUGGUAGCACCAGAGCAUGGGGAAGACGUUAUAGUUGUCUGCUGUGGCAAUGCCUCUGGUAUUUUCAUUCCACCGGCAAUUUUGUUUAAAGGGAAAAGACUGAAACCAGAAUGGAAGGACACAUUACCACCAGGAUCACUGGUCCUUAUGACGCCUAAAGGUAGCAUGAACAUUACCACAUUUUGCAGCUGGAUCGAGCAUUUAGCUAAAUAUGAGCCCGCAGGAAAAUGUCUUUUGAUUUUUGAUGGUGCCAAAUGCCAUCUGGACCAUACGAUCAUCGAUGUAGCCGAAAGACAUGAUAUUGUGCUCUAUUGCUUACCAUGCAACACGACGCAUGAAUUGCAGCCGAUGGAUAAAUCCGUAUUUCGUUCUUUUGAAUACCAUUGGGACGAUCAGGUGCUCCAGUAUUGGUCAAGACACAAAGAUCGUAAUAUCACAAAGAUGCGAUUCGGUGAAAUUUUUAGUGUUGUGUGGGAUAAAAGCGUACCACCGGCAAAUAUAAAAGCAGGCUUCGCUGCAACCGGUAUUUUUCCUUUUAAUCCCGAGGCAAUAUCGGAACUGGCAUAUGCUCCUAGUGACGUUACCCACAUAAGAGGUGAACCAGAAGAACCCAUCGUCGAACCUACCAGAUCGGCAUCCCCAAAAGCAGGAACAUCCAAUAACCGAAAAAGACCCAGAACUCCAAGUAUCUCUUCUAAUGAUGACAGCGCAGAAGAACAAAAUACGCCUGCAUUUUUGGCUACAUCUGAUUCAGAAGAUGAUAUUCCUCUGAAAGAACUUCUGAAUAAGUCAAUAACAGAAAUGUUGGAGACCCCGGAUAAAAUUGUCAAAUCAGCAACAAAUGUAAGGCAGAAGGCCAUAAACAGUCGGGCUCUUGUUGUCAAAAAAGCAGUUUUUAGCAACGAGACAGUCACAUCUAAAGUUACAUCAACGCCCAAAGUUAAGUCAACACCUAAAGCUACAACAUCUAAAGCAGCGACAAAAAAAAAUUAA